CCCUAAGCAGAAGCGGUCCUAGAUCUCUCACAUGUACUAGUGUGUGCAUGCAUGACGCGAAGCAGUUUAAAGGAGAAAACAGCGCAUUUUAUCAUUUUUACUGCUCUUGGUCUACAAAUAUUUUUACAAAAUGAGCUCCCAGAUCACAUGUGUUGGAUGGGUUAAACGUGGCGUUGCCAAGGAAACCCCUGACAAGGUUGAGUUGAGUCAAGAGGAGCUUCAACGCAUCAUUACCGAAGCCAGAGAGGAUCUAGGGGAAGUAGCAGGUGACGAUGUAGAGGAGGAUGAGGGUUUGCCACCUGAUGAUGAUCCAUCUAAUGUAACAGCAGAGGAUGAUGAUAAUGACUUGGUUCGGAAGGCUGAGAAUGAUGAAGAGGAGGAGGAGGAUGAGCUGGCGGAGUACGGUCUGGACAAAUAUGAUGAAGAGGAUACAGCUGCUGCUAAUCUUGGUGACAGUCUGGCCGGGCUCACAGUGUUCAGCUCUAAUGACGAGGAUCCCUACAUCACCAUCAAAAACACAGACCAGUAUGAGCGAGAAGACUUCCAAAUCAAACCCACAGACAACCUCAUCCUGGCUGGCAAAGCAGAGAAGGACUGCUGCAAUUUAGAGAUUUAUAUUUAUAACUCAGAGGAGGACUCUAUGUAUGUUCAUCAUGACAUCCUGCUGCCAGCAUAUCCCCUAUGUAUGGAAUGGCUGGACUUUGAUCCCAACCCACAAGAAGGACCAGCUAACUACGUCGCCGUGGGCAACAUGACUCCUCAGAUAGAUGUGUGGGAUCUGGAUGUAGUGGAUUGUCUGGAGCCAGUCUUCUCCCUCGGGGGCAAAAACGCCUCCAAGAAGAAAAAGAAAAGCAAAAAGGGUGCAGGAGCGGAACCUGUGGAGGGACACACAGACGCGGUGUUGGAUUUAUCCUGGAACAAGCUGGCCAGGAAUGUGUUGGCCAGUGGAUCUGCAGACGACACGGUCAUCUUGUGGGAUCUAGCUCAAGGCAAGCCAGCCUCAACUCUGCGGAAGCAUACAGAUAAGGUCCAGACGUUAAGAUUUCAUCCCUUUGAGGCACAGACUUUGAUAUCUGGAUCAUAUGACAAGACAGCUAUCCUUUAUGACUGCCGGAGUCCAGACAGCAGCUUUAGGACCUGGAGGUUUAGUGGCCAAGUGGAGCGUCUAGUUUGGAACCACUUUUCACCCUUCCACUUCCUGGCCAGCACUGAGGACGGUUUUGUCUACUGUCUGGAUGCCCGCACAGAUAAACCGGUGUUCACACUAAAGGCGCAUGACGACGAAGUGUCAGGUUUGGACCUCAGCAGCCAGAUUAAAGGAUGUCUCGUCACCUCAUCUGCUGACAAGCAUGUAAAGAUUUGGGACAUUUUAAGCAACAAACCCAGCCUGGUUCACUCCCGAGAUAUGAAAAUGGGGGUGCUGUUCUGUGCUUCGUGUUGCCCUGAUCUGCCCUUCGUCUACGCCUUCGGGGGGCAGAGGGAUGGCUUACGGAUUUGGGACAUAAGCGACGUUGCAGCUGUGAACGAGGUGUUCGGGAGCCGAGAGCGCAUGAUGGUGACUCUGGGAACCCAGGCCUCCACGUCUGCAAGCUCAGCAGUCUCCUAGUGAUCUUCUGUAUACAACUGCCCAGCUUGUAAACCUAACCAAGCUGAGUUACCAUGGAAACCCAGCAAGCUUCCCUGUUGUGCCUCACUGUGGGAAAGGACAGAGCUGGAAAAAGCUGCACUCACUCCUUUUUAAAAAAAAGCCUGACCAACCUGUUUGCAAACACGAUUAAAAAGACUGGAACACAAGCUUCUUAACAAAAUGAAAAUUGCAAUAAUUAGAUGAGGUUAUUUGGUGGAAGCAGAGGUUAUAUUUUUAUAGCUGUGCUUAGAUAGUGAUUUUUUUUUCCCAGAUCUCAGUCAGUUUUCCUAUAUCUGUACAUUACAAAUGCAGCACACUAUUAAUAGUAGUAGAACUGAUUUACCUGUUCCAACAAAAUAAAUCAUAAAAAAAUUCAACCAUUUAAGUGUUGUAUAGUAAAAAUAUAAACGUUAUGUUCCAGAUGUGUAGCUGUUGGUUUUGUUUUUCCUGUGGGUCCUAUUACUCCCAUCAAUGCAUUAUUUUCACUACGAUUACUAAGUAGAUAAAAUAUGCUAUAAAUUGUG